AUGUCCGCCGGAGGAGACUUGGGGAACCCUCUGAGGAAAUUCAAACUGGUCUUUUUAGGAGAACAGAGCGUGGGGAAGACAUCCCUGAUCACCCGGUUUAUGUACGACAGCUUCGACAACACAUAUCAGGCGACCAUUGGGAUUGACUUCUUAUCAAAGACCAUGUACCUGGAGGACCGAACAGUGAGACUGCAGCUGUGGGAUACAGCAGGUCAGGAGCGCUUCAGGAGCCUCAUCCCCAGCUACAUACGGGACUCUACUGUCGCUGUGGUUGUGUAUGACAUUACAAACGUGAACUCGUUCCAGCAGACCUGUAAGUGGAUUGACGACGUUCGAACAGAGAGGGGCAGUGAUGUCAUCAUCAUGUUAGUGGGCAACAAGACAGACCUGGAGGAGAAGAGGCAAAUCACUAUCGAAGAGGGAGAGCAGAGAGCCAAAGAACUGAACGUGAUGUUCAUCGAAACCAGUGCCAAAACAGGCACCAAUGUCAAACAGCUGUUUCGACGUGUUGCAGCAGCCUUACCUGGGAUGGAGAGCUUGGACGAUGCGAACCCUGAAGGCAUGAUUGACAUUAAGCUGGACAAACCAGCAGAACCCACUGUCCCUGAGGGUGGGUGCUUGUGUUAA